UCAAAGAGAACCGCCUCUCUCUCAGCUCGUGUACGGACAAAAUACUUGUGUGUAAAAUUUUUCUGUGCCAAUUAAACUAAAAAUAAAACUAUUUUAAGGGAUAAGAACUAACUAAACUGUACUGUAAUUUUUGUUAUAGUAAUUUUAAAAACAUUAGUGAAGAUUGCGCAUUGUAUAAAAUAUAAAAAUGUGGAACGAAUUUAUGUUUCAGAGGUCAAUAUAAAUUUUACCAAGCUUGUAGGGAAAACCGAUUGAAAAAUCCUGUACAGAGGCGAACUAGCUUCAAUAGUAUAUAUAUUAGUACGAAAGAAAUGGAUGCAAAUCCAUCAGCUUGAAUAUGGUUGUACUACUUCAAUAAGUGUUUGGCCGGGGUACAGCGUAAAAUUCAAUGUCUAUUAAAACGAAAACAAAAGCGAAGGUAUCGAUGGUGGUAAUAUACAAUAAAGACGAAAAAGUGGAAGUGGAAUUAACAGUCACUGCUGUCAGCUAAAAAAUCCAAGUAGGAAAGGCGACUGCGAUUGGCGAAAAUGGCGUUCUAAUCGAGCUGGUGUAAACCCUUUCCCUUUUACUCGGCCGCAAUUUUUAAGGAUAAACUGAGAAAUCGGCAGUGGCUUAAAAUAAUGUGGAUUACUAAAGGACUUAUUAAAAAUAAAUAAAAAUGUGCUAUAUGUAGAAUGAAACGAAUGUAGUGUACAAAAAGUAAUAUACAUAAGUAAACUCAAACAAAGAAAAUUCGUCUUGGGUUAAUGUAUUUGCAUAAGUUCACUUAUUUAUUUGUAACUUGUUUAUUAAUUACAUAGUUAAUAUUUGAAAAUAACAUUAUAACAACUUUUAUUACCAAUUCAAAAUUAAUAACAUAAUUUAUAAAAGAAAAAUGCCCAGCGCUUCCUUUACAUCGUCACGUUCAUACGUGCGCCGCUCCCGUCGAAAAGGUGUCAAUCGCAUAGCUUUACCAAAUCGUCCAUCCGGUAACAUAAUGGAUCCUAUGCAACAAAACAUUCCGGGACCAAGUUCUGCCUCACAUUCUGGAGCAAAUUCCAGUUCUAACGCCGGUGCAUCUCCCCUUCAAAAUAAUGACCAUAUUACAAAUUCAAAUAUUUCGCCUGCUCCACAAGACUCAUCAGCAAUUCAAACAAAUCCUCAUUCGACAUCAUCAGUCGCAUCGUGUUCUUCUGGUGAUACGUCAUCGCAAUCAGCUGCAAUUGUAGUGAGCACAUCGUCAGCAGCAGCAGCAGCAUCAACAGCUGCUGGUGCAGUUUCAUCAGAAAUGUUUGUGGAUGUCUCUGGGGCAUCCUGUUCACAAUCAUCAAGUUCAGGGCCUUCUACGUCUAGCGGUAUUUUAGGUCCUUGCUCAUUUGGUGUAGCCAACUCAAAAAACUUGCUUGGAGCUUCUUGUUCUAAUAAUAUAAUAGUAUCGUCAGGUUUUAAUGGAGGAGGAGGUUUUGUGGGAAGUCACCCGAUGGAUUCUGGAUCGAGUAGUCCUUGUCCAGGUCCGUCAAGUAGUUCAAAUCAUAAUAGUACCAGUACUUCUAGUAUUGUAAAUCAUACAAGCAAUUGUAAUUCACAUUAUUCAAAUUCGGUAUUGUGCAACUCGUUAUCAAAUGUAACUGCAUCUACUUCUGCGUCUGCGAACAAUAGUACACAUCAAUCACCAUAUGAUCUUCGUCGCAAGAUGCCUGCUAAUGGUCAUGAGCAUUGGUGUAACACCAGCACAUCUGCUAUUCUUUCAUCUCCUCCUGCAAUAGUUUCUACAGCCAGUAGCAGCAAUAUUGCAGCUCCAAACCCCAACAAUAGCAGCUCGCAAUCAGUUUCCUGUGGCUCACCGCCUCAUCUGGGAGGAAGUUGCAACCCCGCUUCCAUCUCUGUUAUGCCAUCAUCAUCAUCCUCAUCAUCAGCAAUUGUGCAUACGCCAUUAACUAGUGCCACUUUUCCUGUAAAUUCAACUACUACCGGUGCACCAUUAGGCCCAUCGCCUACAGUGCACAGUUCAAUACCACAACAGCAUUGCAGUGAUCUUCCGAUUGGCGGAAUUGAAGACAAUAAUUUUAUGUUACCAGCUCGCAAACGAUCACGACGUUUGUAUGCACAAACUGCAGAAGUGCCCUGCAUGGCUGCCUGUACAGGCAGCAGCAUGCUAGCAGGUCCAACUGCAGCUCAAUACUUACAAUACGAAAUGCCCGACGAAGUUCUGCUCGCAAUAUUUUCGUAUCUUCUAGAGCAGGAUUUGUGUCGGUUAUCACUUGUUUGUAAACGUUUUAACACUAUCGCUAACGAUACUGAAUUGUGGAAACGAUUGUAUCAGUCCGUGUUCGAAUAUGAUAUGCCACUAUUUAAUUCUGAACUAUGUAAAUUCGUCUUUGAAAAACCAGAAGAAUCUGAGUUUACCAAUCCAUGGAAAGAGAGUUUCCGACAACUUUACCGUGGCGUACACGUUCGGGCAGGUUUUCAGGAUAAAAAGUACUCCGGCCGUAGUAUAUUAUUCUUCAAUACAAUACAAGGAGCGUUGGACUAUCCGGAAGAACGUGCCGCAGCUGCGGCCAUCGCUAGUUCAAGCAGUUCAAAUGCAUCUGGAAGUAUUGCUAAUUCAAGCAAUUGUGGUAGUAAUGUUAGUGCAGUAGCGAACAUGUAUGAAGAAAAUAUACAACCCGCCGAUCAUCCGGGGCCACUUAUCUUCCUACAUGCUGGUCAUUACAAAGGCGAGUAUUUAUAUAUAGAAACGGAUGUAGCUUUGAUUGGUGCAGCAUCUGGAAAUGUGGCCGAAUCCGUCAUAUUAGAACGCGAAGCGGGUUCCACUAUGAUGUUUGUAGAAGGUGCCAAAUAUGCUUAUGUUGGCUAUUUGACGCUGAAGUUCUCUCCUGAUGUCACAUCCACGGUGUCUCAUCAUAAACAUUAUUGUUUGGAUAUUGGAGAGAAUUGCUCACCAACAGUAGAUAACUGCAUUAUACGCAGCUCAUCGGUUGUGGGCGCAGCUGUUUGUGUUAGUGGUGUUUAUGCUAAUCCUGUCAUACGCAAUUGCGAUAUAAGCGAUUGUGAGAACGUUGGUCUUUAUGUAACGGACUACGCUCAAGGAACUUAUGAGCACAAUGAAAUAAGUCGCAAUGCUUUGGCCGGAAUAUGGGUGAAGAACUUUGCCAGUCCUAUUAUGCGCGAGAAUCACAUUCAUCAUGGGCGCGAUGUAGGCAUAUUUACAUUUGAAAAUGGAAUGGGUUACUUUGAGAAAAACGAUAUACAUAAUAAUCGCAUUGCGGGUUUUGAAGUCAAAGCAGGUGCAAACCCUACUGUAGUCAAAUGUGAGAUUCAUCAUGGGCAAACCGGCGGAAUUUAUGUGCACGAGAAUGGUUUGGGGCAGUUUAUUGAGAAUCGCAUACAUUCAAAUAAUUUUGCAGGCGUCUGGAUAACUUCAAAUAGUAAUCCCACUAUACGCAAGAAUGAAAUAUAUAAUGGACAUCAAGGAGGUGUAUACAUAUUUGGAGAAGGUCGUGGGCUCAUCGAGCAUAAUAAUAUAUAUGGAAAUGCUUUGGCUGGUAUACAGAUACGAACGAAUAGUGAUCCGAUAGUGCGUCAUAAUAAAAUCCAUCACGGCCAACAUGGGGGUAUAUAUGUACAUGAAAAGGGUCAAGGUCUUAUUGAAGAAAACGAAGUGUAUUCCAACACUCUGGCAGGUGUUUGGAUAACAACAGGCAGUACUCCAGUUUUGCGCCGAAAUCGCAUACAUUCUGGAAAACAGGUGGGUGUAUAUUUCUAUGAUAAUGGUCAUGGAAAACUUGAGGACAACGACAUCUUCAAUCACCUGUACUCGGGUGUACAAAUACGUACUGGCAGCAAUCCCGUUAUACGUGGAAACAAAAUUUGGGGUGGACAAAACGGUGGUGUAUUAGUUUACAAUGGUGGACUCGGUUUAUUAGAGCAAAAUGAAAUAUUUGAUAAUGCAAUGGCUGGGGUGUGGAUAAAAACUGAUUCAAAUCCGACAUUGAAACGCAAUAAGAUAUAUGACGGACGCGAUGGCGGUAUUUGUAUUUUUAAUGGUGGCAAAGGUAUCCUUGAAGAGAACGACAUCUUCCGUAAUACUCAGGCUGGUGUUCUCAUCUCCACCCAAUCUCAUCCAAUUCUGAGACGCAAUCGUAUUUACGAUGGUCAAGCAGCUGGUGUCGAAAUCACCAACAAUGCAACUGCGACAUUAGAGCAUAAUCAAAUAUUUAAAAAUAAAUUCGGUGGAUUAUGCCUAGCGAGCGGUGUUCAGCCCAUUAUACGCGGCAAUAAUAUAUUUAACAACGAAGACGAAGUCGAAAAGGCAGUCUCCGGAGGACAGUGUCUGUACAAAAUUAGCAGUUAUACAUCAUUUCCAAUGCACGACUUCUAUCGUUGUCAAACAUGUAAUACCACUGACCGCAAUGCGAUUUGUGUCAAUUGUAUUAAGAAUUGUCACGCAGGCCAUGAUGUGGAGUUUAUACGACAUGACCGCUUUUUUUGUGAUUGCGGUGCUGGUACGCUUUCAAAUCAGUGUCAGUUGCAAGGCGAACCCACUCAGGAUACGGAUACUCUCUAUGAUUCAGCUGCCCCGAUGGAAUCUCAUACUCUUAUGGUGAAUUAAUAUCUUUCAACAAUUAAUAAAUAUCAAUAAUCUAAUAUAAAUGAACUGGACUGAAAAAAAUGAAGAUUGAUUCGAAUUAACGAUCUAGUAAGAGAGUAUAAGAAAGUCGGAUGCCAUUUCUUGACUUUUAAUCCAAUAGGCCAUUCGACCCUAUUGACGUUGAUUGAAAAAGCUAAUAUUCGAAAAUGUUACAGGGUGUGCAGUCUUUUAUGUCGGUAUAUAAUCAUUUAAAAAAUAUAGUAUAGUAUACCUUGAUAAUUGAGUUUUCGAGCCAUGUUCUACUAACCUCAAAUUUGUUGAGCUAGAGAUUGAAGCUAAUAGAGAUAUCGAAUCGGAUGGUUGGUAUAGGUCAAGCAAUCGUUCGAAGGGCUUAUACAGGCUGAUUUCUUGAAGGAAGUUGUGAGGAGCGAUGUAACAGCUGCAAAAAGGGUUCUAGAUAUUGACUGGUCUCACCAUUUGGUUGCGUUUUUAAUUUCGAAUUCCACUUUUUCAUACUGACAUAAAAGUUGGCGCACUCCGUAUCCCUAAGUAAUCCUGCUCGGUACGGUAGUAUACAUCUUUAUAUCGAUUCAAUGAGUGUCAAUUGAAUUAAAUUUACAAACUUACUAAUAAUAUGAAAUAAGAACAAUGAAGUUUAGUUAAGCAAAAACUCGAAUCCCUUUUUUACGUGUUUCCUAUAUUGUUUCAUACACCUUCUUGUGUUUAAUAAAUAGGCAAUUAAAUCAGUCGUAAAGGUAAACUCUUUUAAAUAUAUUAAGUGCUCGUUUAAUUUCACUAAUUUUACAUUUUGAGUAUAUUGAUCGCCCAUUUUGGAACGAGCCAUCUUUUUUGGUGUAUGUUUUCGUAAAUAUAAGAAACACUUAAGUAUAGAAUGUUUUCUAAUUUAGUUACAAUUUCAUUGUACAAAUUGUAUAGAUUGUAUAUUACAAGUAAUGUAGAAACACUGGAAACAAUUCCAACCUAUAUCUAAAAAUUUAAUCCGCGCUUUGGAAAUCAAGGAAUGUGCAAUUAGAGACAAUUAAGUGAUCAAUAUUUAGGUUACUAUAACGGUUAUAAUAGAAGUAAUUCAUAUUCAUCUUUGGUCCGGCAUUCGUCUAGAGCAAAAACACACAAUCAACUAGUUGUAUAUCCAAAACACACACUCACAUGCAUAUUGUAACAUUACGACAGCUUUCGUACACAUUUGAUAAUUUAUGAUUAAAAAACUUGUCGAUUGUUCUAUUUAAAAUUUUUAAUAUAUACCUAUACAAUGCUUAUAUUUUUAAUUGAAACAUUUAGGCUAUACAAUAUGAAUUCUUAGACGACUAUCAAAGCAUUAAAUGUAUAAUAUUACAUAAAUCCAGUGAACUUUUCGCAAAUUGUUUGCAAAUACAACUUUUCGUAACAAAAAGAAUGCCAACAAUCUCUUAAAAGUAAUAAGCAUGUAAAUUGACAUCUCAUGAAGGAUACAUCAAAUACAUACAUAUGUUUAGCAAAGAAAAUGUCCGUUCAUGCAAUCAAAUGUAUGUACAAUGAUCUUACACUAGUUAUUAAGUUAUAUAAGAUAUUUGUCUAUAUAUUAACGGUAUACGCAUUAUCGCACUACUUGCAUUCAAUAUUACGUUUUUCAUAGAAGAAAGGUGUUAUUUUGUUUCAUUUGAACCUCAGUUUCGUCCAGUAGAUAUCCACAUAUUUAAUGUGUAGUAGAUGUAGUGUAUGUGAAGCAAUUUCUAAGUAUUACAAUAAUUUUCAAUUUUGCGAAAUCAAAAAUUUUAUACAUUAUAUAUACAUAUAUAUUAUAGAACAUAUUGUAUGGAUAUUCAAAACGCGGCUCUGCACAAUUGUAACGAGUAAACAUACUUAUUUGCAUAUGCAUAAAUAAGCAAUGAGCAAUAUAACGUUAUUCCCGGGGCUUAGCAGCGUAAACGCUGUGUGCCAGAAAACUUUCAAUGAAAUUAUAAAUAUUUUUUACUCUGCCCCAGCUAUAGUUAUAGUCAAAGUAAUUAAUUAAGAAUACAUAUAUGUAUGUACGUGUGCCAGA